UCUUUCUUUCUUUCUUUCUUUCUUUCUUUCUUUCUUUCUUUUUUAUUUACUUAUUCUUCUUCUUCUUAUUCCUUGUUAUUUUAUUUUAUUUACUUAUUUAUAUAUAUAUACUCAAAUUCCUUUUACCCAAUCAUUCCAUCAAUAAAUCAUUCCAUUACACAAUGAAAGUUGCCUUUAUCACUCUUCUAUCUUUGGUAGCUACAAGUUCUCUUGUUCAAGCUGGUCCUAUUGCUGCUUUUGAUCAACUUCGUGUUUUCCGUCAAACUGAACCUGAACGUCGUCUUAUUCAAUAUGGUGAAGAUACUCCUCCAAAGUGGAUGAAACAAACUGAUAUUGAUAACUUGUUCCGAGCUGGUGUCAAGUUCAUGGAUAUUACUGAUCAUCAAGAUUUAGGUUCUUAUUCUGCAUAUCAACGUGCUUGGGAACCAGUGAUCCCUACCAAGGUCAGUUAUCAAGAUGAAGUGGCUCCUUUUAUUGGUAAUUUGACAACGGAUACAAUGAAAUCCAAUCUUGAAAAAUUCACCAAUUUCCGUACACGAUAUUAUAAAUCAUCUUAUGGGGCCAAGUCUUGUCGGUGGUUAAUUGAACAAAUUCAAGCUGUUGUAGAUGAAGCAAAUCGUGGUGAUCUCGUGUCGGUCAAAGAAUUCAAGCACUCGUGGGAUCAAUUCUCCAUUGUGGCGCGGUUUGAAGGAAGUGAUCAAGAUUUGAAGGAUGAAUUAGUCAUUGUGGGUGCUCAUCAAGAUUCUGUCAAUCUCUGGUUACCUUACUUCGGUCGUUCUCCCGGUGCUGAUGAUGAUGGUAGUGGAACGGUUACUAUUCUUGAAACUUUCCGUAGUUUGGUUACAAAUGGAUUCAAACCUGAACGUCCUGUAGAAUUCCAUUGGUAUAGUGGAGAAGAAGCUGGUUUAUUGGGUAGUCAAGAUGUGGCUGCUCAAUAUCUCAAUGAUGGUAAGAAGGUGGUAGCUAUGUUACAAAAUGAUAUGACUGGUUAUGUUGGAACAAACAACGAAGUCAUUGGUAUUGUUACCGAUCAUGUGGAUGAAAAGCUGACUGAUUUCUUGAAAUCAUUGGUGGACAAUUAUGCUUCUAUUCCCUACACCUCUACCAAAUGUGGUUACGCUUGUAGCGAUCAUGCUUCUUGGCGCAAGGCAGGUUUCCCUUCAGCCUUCACUAUCGAAAGUGCUUUUGAUGAUUCCAAUCACUAUAUUCACACUUCUGAUGAUACCAUUGACAAACUCUCUUUUGAUCAUAUGCUGGAAUUUGCAAAAGUUGCUUCUGGGUUUGCCGUGGAACUUUCCCACAAACAAUAAAUCGGGUCUUCCAGUUUUAGUAUUUGUUUAGUUGACUGUAGUUAUCUCUCUCUCAUCUCUCUCUUUUUUUUUUUUUUUUUUUUUUUCUAUUA